UCGUUGCCUUCUCUCUGCUUUUGCGGACCUGUGGUUCUUAAUAGCUGUUUUUCUUCCAGGCGAUCUCGUUAGGGUUUCGUGAAUCUUUCUUUUGGUAGAAGCUAGGGUUUCUCGACUGUGUUUGUCUUUGUUUGGAACGGAAAUCUGUUUCUCUGGUUUGAGAUUUUGAUCGAUAUUGGGUAUUGGCCUGUCUUCUUGAUUGACAAGAUCGAUCGAGAGAUCGUAAUUAGGUUUUGAUUUUUGAAGGUUUUUGAGGUUCUUUGAGAUUGAGUAAACAUGUUUGGUCGGGCGCCUAAGAAAAGUGAUAACACUAAGUACUAUGAGAUCCUCGGUGUCUCAAAGAAUGCUUCGCCGGAUGAUCUGAAGAAAGCUUACAAGAAAGCAGCCAUCAAGAACCAUCCGGAUAAGGGUGGAGACCCUGAGAAGUUCAAGGAGUUGGCUCAAGCUUAUGAGGUUUUGAGCGACCCUGAGAAGCGUGAAAUCUAUGAUCAGUAUGGUGAAGAUGCACUUAAGGAAGGAAUGGGUGGAGGUGCUGGUGCCCAUGAUCCGUUUGACAUAUUCCAGUCUUUCUUUGGUGGUAGCCCGUUUGGAGGUGGUGGUAGCAGCAGAGGCCGAAGACAGAGAAGGGGUGAGGAUGUGAUCCAUCCCCUCAAAGUCUCUCUGGAGGAUUUGUACAGCGGUACGGCGAAGAAACUCUCCCUCUCAAGGAAUGUGAUCUGCUCCAAGUGCAAGGGUAAAGGUUCUAAAUCUGGCGCUGUGAUGAAAUGUCCUGGUUGUCAAGGGUCUGGAAUGAAGGUGUCGAUCAGGCAACUUGGUCCUUCCAUGAUCCAGCAGAUGCAACACCCAUGUAAUGAGUGCAAGGGCACUGGAGAGACCAUCAGUGACAAAGACCGCUGCCCUCAAUGCAAGGGUGAGAAGGUUGUACUGGAGAAGAAGGUGCUGGAGGUUAUUGUUGAGAAGGGAAUGCAGAAUGGACAGAGGAUUACUUUCCCAGGGGAAGCUGAUGAAGCGCCUGACACCAUCACAGGAGACAUAGUAUUUGUCCUACAGCAGAAGGAGAAUCUCAAGUUCAAGAGGAAGGGAGACGAUCUAUUCUAUGAGCACACCUUGUCCCUCACAGAAGCGCUGUGUGGCUUCCAUUUCAUAUUGACUCACUUGGAUGGCAGGCAGCUCCUUAUCAAAUCUAACCCAGGAGAAGUCGUCAAACCUGAUCAAUUCAAGGCAAUCAACGAUGAGGGUAUGCCAAUGUACCAGAGGAAUUUUAUGAGGGGGAAACUAUACAUACACUUCACGGUAGAGUUCCCUGAUUCAUUGACGCCUGAGCAAUGCAAGGCACUAGAGGCUGUGCUUCCGCCAAGGACAUCAUCUCAGCUGACAGAUAUGGAGCUGGAUGAGUGCGAGGAGACCACAUUGCAUGAUGUCAACAUCGAAGAGGAGAUGCGGAGGAAGCAGGCACAAGCCCAGGCACAAGAAGCCUAUGAUGAAGACGAGGAGGGACAUGGUGGUGCCCAGAGAGUACAGUGUGCCCAGCAGUGAUUUAAAUGAGGGUGGGUGGGUGGGUGGGUGAGUGGGUAGACAGACAAGGUAAGAGGACAGAUGGGGAAGGGGAAAGGGAAAUUCUGGUUAAUGAAGGUGGGAGAAACUAAGCAAGGAAAGGUAAAGAGGGAAGGGUCUGAGGUGGGGGGUGCGUUUCCUUUUCGCAAUUACAAUUCUAGAUAAAUGAACAUAUGAUGAGAUGAUGAUAGGGUUGGGGUGGUGGUGGUAACAAUGUGGGGUGGGGGAUCAAAUUUUGUAUUUUUGAACUAAUGUUAUGAGCUUUUAUAUAGAUAAGGUGAUUUAUAGAAUUCUUCCUUCCACUACUUAGAGCGGUGGAUUAUA